AUGGCAUUGGUAAAUCGGAUUCAGAGCCUAUGGAAUCCUGCUGGAAAGCCGUUAGUUGUGGAUCUAGAGAAUGAUUAUUUUCUGGUACGUUUCAAGAAUGAGGAAGACUAUUCACGUGUGCUUAUGGGUGGUCCGUGGAUGAUCUACGGAAGUUAUUUGAUAGUGCAACCAUGGGGUAGACUGUUCUCUACCUUAGAAGACCAUCCAUCUCAGAUUAUUGCAUGGGUAAGGUUACCGGGACUCCAUUAUCGUUACUAUACUAGGAGCUUGUUUCGUAUUCUUACCGGAGUCAUUGGUAAGGUGGUAAGAGUUGAUUAUAAUACGUCUGACGGAAAGCGUGGAAAAUUUGCGCGGAUAGCAGUGAUUAUUGAUCUAACUAAGCCUCUUGUAGCUGGAAUUAAACUUGAUGGGCAUCUCCAAAGAACUGAAUAUGAAGGAUUACCGACUAUAUGCCUCAAUAGUGGAAAAUAUGGGCAUCCUAAGGAAGUUUGCGCCGGUGUUGUCGAGGAUAAUCCGUUUGGUCCAUGGAUGCAAGCUACCCGUCGUGGAAGGAAGAUGAACCUGAAUAGGAAAGAUGAGACAACUUCUAAAGAAAACUCUGGAAUUGAGGGAGUUAGCAGUAAAUCCAGAUUUGAUGUUCUCUCUAAUGAUGCUAAUUUGGAAAAUGAAGUCAAGUCUUCAAUUCACCCCAAUAAUCAAGGGAUUUUGGGUGCAAAACUAUAG